AUGGCGGAGAAAAUCGACCCAUUCGAUGACUACUCAUCUCGCGAUUUUGUGCCGCAGCCCCAGCGAACAGCAGGGAAUGCAGCUGAGCGAGCUAGGCGUAAUAUAAACGCUAAACUUUCUAAUCCACUGGCAGGAUUCAGUCAUACUGAGCUGCGAAAACAAGGUCGUGUAUUUGCUUUAAGCCAUGAGAUAGGAGAUGAUGAGGAUAUUCGGGCCUUCGAACUUGGCGCGAUUUUAGCACAGGCCCCGGAAAGAUUUCCACGUAUCGAUGCACUUUGUCCUCGUGAGAAAGCAAUUCUGCGUCAUGAGGUUGAACAUAAAUGGUCGCAGCCAUGGAAAAUGUAUAUCGUGAUCGCAUUAUGUUCUCUUUCUGCUGCUGUUCAGGGAAUGGAUGAAACCGUUGUCAACGGAGCUCAACUAUGGUAUAAGCAUCAAUUCGGAAUCGCCGACGACAGCGCUAGAAGUACCUGGCUCCUCGGCCUAAUUAACGCAGCUCCCUACCUCUGCUGCGCUCUAAUAGGUUGCUGGCUCACAGUCCCAUUCAACGACUGGUUCGGCCGUCGCGGAACAAUCUUCAUCACAUGUAUGCUCAGCGCUCUCUCCGUACUAUGGGGAGGUUUCGCGUCAGAAUGGUGGAAUUUAUUCCUCUCCCGAUUUGCGCUGGGCUUUGGUGUUGGUCCAAAAUCAGCAACUGUGCCUAUUUACGCUGCUGAAACGGCCCCACCCGCUAUUCGUGGUGCGCUAGUUAUGCAGUGGCAGAUGUGGACGGCUUUCGGAAUCAUGUUAGGUUACGCUGCUGAUUUGGCUUUUUUUCGGGUCCCCGAUACCGCCACUGUUGUUGGGAUGAAUUGGAGGAUCAUGAUAGCUUCUGCAAUCAUACCAGCUGUAAUUGUGCUGACAUUUGUCUUUGCCUGUCCUGAGUCUCCUCGUUGGUAUAUGAGUAAGAAUCAGUAUUAUCAGGCUUAUCAGUCUAUGUGUUGGCUUCGGCAUCACAAGAUCCAGGCUGCGAGAGAUAUCUUCUAUAUGCAUACUUUAUUAGAGGCAGAGAGGAAUAUGAAAUUGGGGCAGAACAAGGCGUUGGAAGUUAUUCAAGUGCCUCGAAACCGACGGGCCAUGGUAGCGUCUGAGAUUAACAUGUUUAUACAGCAGUUCUGCGGUAAUAACAUACUUGCUUACUACUCAUCAGCCAUAUUCAUGGACGCCAACCUCAAAGCUGAAUCCGCCUUACUGGUCUCCCUCGGCUGGGGAAUGGUCAACUGGCUCGGUUCAAUCCCAGCAAUCUACAUAAUCGACACCUACGGCCGCCGCAACCUCCUCCUAACAUCCCUCCCCCUAAUGUCCCUCGCGAUGCUCUUCAUAGGCUUCAGUUUCUGGAUACCAAUAACAACAAAAGCCCACUGCACCUGCGUCGCAGCAGGAACCUACAUCUUCGGCGCAAUCUACGCCCCCGGAGCUGGUCCAGUCCCCUUCACCUACUCCGCAGAGGCAUAUCCGCUCUAUGUCCGAUCACAUGGAAUGGCACUAGCAACAGCCACAACGUGGUUCUUCAAUUUCAUUCUUGGAAUCACAUGGCCGCCUAUGCAGAAUGCGUUUACGCCACAGGGUGCGUUUGCAAUCUACGCUACGUGGAAUAUUGUUGGGUGGUGGCUUGUUUUACUUUUUGUGCCUGAGACGAAGGGGAAGACGCUUGAGGAGUUGGAUCAGGUGUUUUCUGUUCCGACAAAGUUUCAUGCGCAGUAUGGGUUGAGGCAGGUUAAGUAUUUUGUUAAGAGGUAUGUGCUGUUUCGGGAAGUUAGACCGGAGGUUCUUUAUGAGAUGCAGGAGGCUAGGUAUAUCCCUGAGGAUUUGGGAUAUAAUAGUUGA